UCAUUGCUCCUAACGACGGUGCCUCGCAUCUUUGACUCCUCACCAUCCUCUACCAUCCUCCUUUCCAAAUCACCUGCUCCGUAGUCACUGCCGUUGAAGGCAAACGACGCUACGAUGGCCGCCUCCUCCGAAAAGACGCCUGAGGGCCAACCGUAUCGUCGGUCCACACUCCUUACCAUGGGUCCCCCACGUCGACGUCUGCCCACCCUCGCAGAAGUCCUCGCCCGCCGAACAUUGCCCCCCGUCGACCUCUACUGCUACUACCUCUUCCUCCAGCGCGAAGGAUCUGAGGACUCUCUCGACUUCUGGCUCGAUGUUCAGCAACAUGAGAACCUCUGCCGUGCUUAUUUCAAAGAUCUCAGGAGGACGGGAAAGAGUUUGAGGAACGAGUGGCCAGAUUACUGGAGGCAGGCGAAAUUGAGGGGAUCUAUUUACAAUCGAGUCAAUGGGGUGGAUGAAGACGAGAGUGAUGGGACUACGACUGGGGAGGGCAUGACGGACAGUCAGGGGCGAUUUGAGACCACGACGGGUGGUGAUGGCUUGACUAGGAGUGGGCAUAGGACUGCAGAGGGAAGGACAGACGAAGAUGAGCGCGAAGAGCUCAGAGGCGACGACGAUGAUGACGACGAUGAGCAGGGAUACACUGGCGGACCUUCGUCCUCCUCAGCCCACCUCACGUCAUCGCACGAGGACAGUAGUCGCAGCGGCCCUCGUUUCCCUGGCGACCCAGACUAUCCUCUCGAAGGCACGAGCACAAACGCACACCGACGCUCUCUCCUCGCCAAGCGCGCCUCGCUCGCACCUACAGUCAUCAAUCGCUCGUCCGCCAUCACUCGCAACGAUCUCGUUGCUUCGGCGGAGCGCAUCUAUGCGCGCUACUUGCUGCCGGGAAGUGAGAAGGAAAUCUACCUGCCUCCGCAACUCAGGAUUGUUAGCUUCCCCAUUGGUAGCGACAGGCCGCUGGACGAUAGGGAUCCGGAGCAGAUGCAGGCUCUUGCCAGGGUGCCGGAUAUGUUUCAUCCGCAAAAGGAAUACGUCUUCCGCACGAUGGAGGCAGACGUAUUCCCCCGCUUCCUGCGCGCAAAGGCGUUCGGCAACCUUACCCCCAUCAGCGCCCUCGUGCGCCUUUCCCUGGGCCUCCUAGCCCUUUGGGCUGCCCUGGCCACCGGAUUUGCCUUCAUUUUCCUCGACGUAGGACGCGUCAAGCGAUGCUGGGUCAUCUUGCCUUUCAGCAUUGCUCUGCUACUCAUCAUCAGCCACCAGUACGAGCUGGACCCACUUCUCGUGCUACUCAAUCGCUCGGAGACUACGCCGUUCCACGUCAUUGGAGUGAGAGAGAAGUACGUCCGCAAGCUGCUCAGGCAGAGGGCGGUGGGAAUGUUGUUCGUCACCGCCAUCUUGACGGCGUGUCUGUGCGUGUUGUUCAUCUUUGUGCCUGGGCACAGGCUGUAAACCGGUGCGAGAAAGGAUGGUGCUGGGCGCCCCUUCAUGGACUCUUCUUCAUACGCUCUCAAGCGAACGCUCUUUACGUUUUGUUCCACUUUCUCUUCGCUUAUAGCGGCUUUCGUUUCUACUCGUAUCUUCCUCCCCUUCCUUGUCAUCCUCACAUCUAAGCCUUGCUUACGAUGAAUCGUAACUCUAUACCCGCCAAUCCCGCGUCGUUUGCUCACUCGUCCCAUGGAGCGCUAGAUUAGGUAUGCAUUACGGGAGCCACCGCAGACUCGCUCUCACAUGACGGUACAGUCCUCCUUGACCUUGAAUCCAUA